AUGAUAAAUUCCCUUCCUCAGCAGAUCAUCGAACAAAAGAAUGCGAUUGAAACAAUAUGGGGCUUAGCACCUAGUAACUACAAGAUGAUUUUUGCUGAGACUUUGAAAUAUUACGACUCACAAGCAAUUUCCGUUGACCAGAUAUUAGAGACACUAGGAUAUUAUUGCACCUAUAAUUUAAUGAAUCUUGGCCUUGCAUAUGAUUUCUGCAAAGACUUACAGGCCAAAAUACAAUUUUCCAAGGUACCAGUCUUCAUUAAAUCAUAUUCCCUCAGGAAGCUCUUGGAUAAUGAUCAGAUAAUUGAAGCAAAUUCCAAAAGCGCAAUCCAAAGCGAGCAAAUCUUUGCAUUCCGACAAAAUAACUUACAUUUCUCACAAGAAUUGACUCACCAAGACAUUUUAAAUGUAUAUGAAUUCAAGUCAAUUGAGUACACUCUUCUUCACGAUAAUAUCUUAAAGUUCAAAGAAUUUUUCCAAAAUUACUCUCCAUAUUCAGUUGAUUGCUUCAUGACUAUGAUUGAUUCUCCACACUACAAAGAGCUCAUUAUUCUUGAUGCUUGCGCUUAUUACGGAGCUACGAAGUGUUUUCAUUAUUUACUCGAAAACGGCUCUCCUAUCUCUUCAGAAACAUUUAACUGCGCAGUCAUCGGUGGCAAUCCAUCGAUCAUUCAUUCCUGCGAGUCCAUUCCGAAUAUCAAUGUUAGUAAUUCCGCAAUUGACCUUGCCAUCAAAGCUCAUCAUUAUACAGUUGCUCUUUGGCUCGAGGCGAAGUACAAACUUAGAUUCUCAUGGAAUUCUGUUCUUGAAACAAAAGAUUACAGAUUUCUGAUCAACAAAAUCAGAAAAAUCAAAGAUAUCAAUUGCGUCGACUCAAAGAGAACUACACUGCUUAAUGCGGCUGAAUCAUAUCAUGAUACUGAAAUAAUCAACUGGGUAAUUGCAGAAAGUAACAAAAACCCAAUGAACUUAAAAAAACUUGCACAGUGGGUUGUUAAAGGCAACGUUUCAAUCCACGCAAAGAAUAAUGUCUCCUUAUAA